AUCCUUGUGAGGCAACGCUGCACAGACCCACUCAGUCGUUUCAUCAAGCUGCUCUGAGACAGUGUUCUUCGUUUACUGGGAUUAUAAUUUAUGCCGGAGGCAAAGGUUUUCUGGGAUUUUUUUUUUCUUUUUAAAAGGACACUUUCACUUGGGAAUGGAAAGAGGAACUGGGAAUUUUGACUGUUAGUCUUCUUUGGAAAAUACAUUUAAAAUCAGUAGAGUUGGAUUUACUUAAAUAAUUUUUAACCUGCGUUGACUGGAAUAUUUAAAAGUUGCUUAUUUACAGAGGGGUCUGUUUUUUACUUUACUAAUCAUGGCCUCCCAGAAAGUAUGGCUGCUGGGGCUAUUACUGACCCUGUUUUGCUCGUUCCAAACACCUUUGUUACCUGGAGCCCAAGCUCUUUUUGAUGAUUUUGAAGAUGACGAUGAUGAUGACAUUUUUGAUCAUGAUGAUGACGAUGCAGAUGAAGAGGAUAAUGAGGAUGAUGAUGAUGAUGACGACGACGACGAUGAAGGCCAAAAACACAUAAAGCAUCAUGGGCACAAUGAUAACAAUGAUAAUGGGCACAAAAACAAUAAACAUCAUGGGCACAAUGAUAAUAAUGAUCAUGGACAUAAUGAUAACAACGAUCAUGGCCACAAACACAAAGCUCAUGGACACAAUAACAACGAUCAUGGACAUAAAAAUAACAAUGAUCAUGGACACAAUAACAACGAUCAUGGACACAAUAACAACGAUCAUGGUCAUAAUAACAACGAUCAUGGACAUAAUGAUAACAACGAUCACGGACACAAUGAUAACAACGAUCAUGGUCAUAAUGAUAACAACGAUCAUGGACACAAUAACAACGAUCAUGGACAUAAUAACAACGAUCAUGGACACAAUAACAACGAUCAUGGUCAUAAUGAUAACAACGAUCAUGAACAUAAUGAUAACAAUGAUCAUGAACAUAAUGAUAACAACGAUCAUGGACAUAAUGACAAUGAUCAUGGAGACAAUGACAAUGAUCACAAUCACAAUGAUAACAAUGACCAUGAUGACGAUGAUUACAAUGACCAUGAUGACAAUGAUAAUAACAAUCAUGGCCAUAAUAAUAAUGAUGACAAGAAUGAUGAUGAUGAUGAUGAUGAUAAUGAUGACGAUGAUGACAAUGACAAUGAUGAUGAUGAUGAUAAUGAUGACGAUGACGAUGACGAUGAUGAUGAUGACGAUGAUGAUGAUGGCCAUGACGAUGAUGAUGAUGACGACGAUGAUGAACCUCUGUUUGAUGAUUUUGAAGAUGACGAUGAUGAUGACAUUUUUGAUCAUGAUGAUGACGAUGCAGAUGAAGAGGACGAUGAGGAUGAUGAUGAUGAUGACAACGACAACGACGAUGAUGGUGACCAAGAAGCCAAUGAUGAUGACGACGACGAUGACGAUGAUGAUGACGAUGACGAUGAUGAUGAUGAUGACGAUGACGACGAUGAUGACGACGGCGACGGCGACGAUGAUGACGACGACGACGAUGAUGACGAUGAAUAUCACGAUGGUUCACUUUGCCAUUACUGUGCUUUCUGUGAACACUGUGACAAAUGUGACAAGUGCCCAUGUGCCAAAGGAGACAAGAGUGAGCACUGCGAAGCCUGUGAUAUGUGCAGUUUCUGUUAUGUGUGCCCUGUAAUAUGUGAGACUGUCUGCAAACCAGGGAGCUAUGUGGAUGAGCUGACGGGGACGCUGUACCAGUCAGUGGCUAACAUUUUUGAGUAAUCCCAGAAGUAAGAUCACCACCAUGUGGGCAGAAGUGAAACGGCCAUUUCCAUCGCAGCAGAUUACUGUUUAUUUAUAUAAGUUGCAAAAUACAAUGAAACUACUGAAUUACACAGAAUGCCAAGUUUU